AUGCGUACUAUGAGUGCCGCACAUGCGCGUAGUAACAUCCCGCUCACGCAUGCGCAUAACGGCAAACUGCCGCGCAUGCGCAUAGCAACAUCCUAUUCGCACAUGCGUACUAUGAGUGCCGCACAUGCACGUAGUAACAUCCCGCUCACGCAUGCGCAUAACGGCAAACUGCCGCGCAUGUGCAUAGCAACAUCCUAUUUGCGCAGGCGCAAAACAGAAUCCAACAACCACCUGGCUUGGACGCAAAACCCCUGUAGGGUCCUAUAG